CAUAGAUGCUGCCUGGCCUGCUGCGUUCACCAGCAACUUUGAUGUGUGUUGCUAGAUCAGAACAACCUUCAUUUGAGAGUAUUUCUUUUAAAAAAGGCCUAUGGUUCUGUAUUUCCUAACAGCAUAGAACAAUUUACGCUGUUUACACAGCAAUCCCAAUCCCCUCUAAUUUUCACAACAUCCUAUCCUUCCCCGAAUCCCAUCAAGUCUCUCCCAGAUUCCACCACUCACCAGUGUGCUAGGGAUAAUUUAGAGGCCAUUUAACCUGAUAAUCUACAUGAUUUUGGGAAGCGGGAUGUAACUGGAGCACCCAAGGAAAAUGUAUGGAGUCUCAGCAAAAAUGUGCAAAAUCUGCACAAACAGGAGGAGAGGUCAGAAUUAAACGUGGGUUGCUGGAGCUUUGAGGCAGCAUCUUCAAUAGCUGCACUAUAUAAUUUGCAUAACUAUUUUCUGCUGAGAUUUUUAAAGUUUUAGUACAUUGUUUAAAAAAAGGGAGUAAACUACAUCACAAUUCAUGACCUACAGUAGCUCUCCAAAUUCACCAGAAUUGGAAAUAUUAUUUGGGCUCAUUGUCCCUGCAUGCCUUUUGCUUAAAUCCUUUUACCUGACUCUGUCCCCUCCUUAUAUCUGUGACUCAACACAUUCAAUCAUAAUUAAUCAUUUUUGAUCGAACAGAUCUAAAGUUUGUGCAUUUCUUUCUGAAGGGCAUCCAGUAUUUUUUUUUUAAAUGCUAUGCCUAUAAACCUUAACCUUAUAGAAUCUGUAAGCAUCAAAAUAAUAUUUAUUAAUAUGCUGGCCAAAAUGACUUAUAUACAGGUUUGUUUCCAUUAACCAAGUAAAAUUGGUAAGUUUUUUCUACUUAAGCAAUAUUUCUGGUGUGCUUAUCCAGACUACAAAAUUAAACUUAUUUUCUAUGGUCUUUGUAAGCUAUUAGACAAACAGUUGAUUUUUCUUCAUUUAUAACAUGUAAUUUUAUGCAAGCCAUAAAAAUUGGCCUUGAAUCCAGAACAAAUAAGGCAAGCACGAAUGUCUGUGAUUCUUUGCAAACUUCUAAUUUUGAAAAUCUUGGUAUUUCUACUUAAAUACAGAUGAACAUGAUUUAUAGAAAAGAAAAUGCUGGAAUCAUUCAGGAGGUCAAUAAAUGUUUCAGAACUUCAGGUUGAAGUCAAGAGCCACUCGGUAAUGCUCCAGUGACCCACCUUUAGUUCUGACCUGUCCUGCUGUUUGUGCAGACUUUGCUGUGUAAACACCCUAAAUUGUUCUAUAAAACCCUGGUUAGACCACACUUUGAGCAUUGUUUUCAGUUCUGGCCGCCUCAUUAUAGGAAAGAUGUAGAAGCUUUGGAGGGGGUGUAGAGGAGAUUUACCAGGAUGCUGCCUAGAUUAGGGGGGCAUAUCUUAUGAGGAUGGGAUGAGUGAGCUAGGGCUUUUCCCUUUGGAGUGAAGGAGGAUGACAGGCGACUUGAAAGAGGUGGAUAAGGUAAGAUGCAUAGAUUGAGUGGCUAGCCAGAGAGUUUUUCCUGGAGUAGAAAUGCCUAAUUGGAUGGCAGAGGGGAAGAAGCUGUUCCAGAAUCAUUGAGUGUGUGCCUUCAGGCUUCUGUACCUCCUUCCUGAUGGUAGCAAUGAGAACAAGGCAUGACCUGGGUGAUGGGGGUCCUUAAUGAUGGACACCACCACUGUUUGAAGAUGUCUUGAAGACACAUUAAGGACAUUUAAGAAACUCUUGGUUAGGCACAUGAAUGAUAGCAAAAUGGGGGGCUAUGUUAGGAGGGUAGGGUUGCAUUUGAUCUUAGUGUGGGUUAAGAGGUCAGCACAACACUGUGAGCUAUAGAGCCUGUACUGUGUUCUGCUGCAUAGAGUUGCACCAUUAUAGAGGCUAGAAUCAGUCACAGAAUUGUACAGAACACAAACAGGCCCUUCAGCCCACAGUUUCCAUGCUGACCUUUACCCUCACCCACACUAAUCACAUUUUCCCAUGUCCUUCUAUGCUUUGCCCAUUUCAGUGCCCGCCUAAAUGCCCAUUUUCUCCAGCCCUUUACCCUCCCUACCCCAUCACCUUCCAGCUAGCAUCCUCCCCCUCCCAACCUUUUUUUAUUCUGGCAUCUUCCCCCUUCUCAAUCCUGAAGGGUCUCAACCCAAAACGUCGACUGAUUACUCUUUUCCAUAGAUGCUGCCCGACUUGGUGAUUUCCUCCAGCGUUUUCUGUGUGUUGCUUCGGAUUUCCAGCUUCUGCAGACUUCCUUGUGUUCGAGGUCACCUUUCAACCUCCUUUUCCCGGGGGGGGGGGAGCCUAGCCAAUUUCUCCCCAUAACUAAAGUCCAUUAGGCCAGGCAGUGCCCGAAUUAAUCUCUUCUGCACUCUCUCCAGUGCAAUCACCUCCUUCCCAGUUUAAGAGUCGUACACAAUAUAACAAGCGCUAAGCCAGUACUUUCUAUUCUGUGCUCUGAUCAAUGCCAUAUGCCUUGUCGGACACCUUGUUGACCCGUGAUGUCAUGUUUAGUGAACAAUAGACUUUGAACCCCAAGACUCUACUCAUUGAUAAUUCCUUGCGCAAAGCAAGGGGGUGAUCGGCCCGAGCCGUUUCACAGCUGCUGCUGAACAUCGAUAGCAUGUGUUCCAAUUCAGAUUUUAGCUUCUUGCCUUUACGGCAACGUUGUUUAAAACGAGCCAUUGCCAAACAAUCUUCUGCGUCAGGCAGCCUUCUGAAAUUCUAGGAAAAAAAAAUGCUAGACCACACGAUGAGACUGGAGAUAAGCGCAUUCACAAGUUCACUCUCUUCCCACACCGAUUCAUUUUUAAAAUAGUUUUGAAAUCGGGACACCGGCUCCCAGCCAUUGCAAUUGUCCCUCGGGACUGCCGUUUACGACUUUACCACGUUUAUCGGCUGCGAACAAAACUCUAUCUCCAGCCAGACACGCAUUUCCCCCACCCAGCAAAAUGCUGCCAUCUCAGCUCCCGAGCAACCGACGGGUGAUGGUCACACCCACAUUGCUACGCGGCCUCUCCACGAAAUCGAUGGGCGGGAAAGGGAAAGUCAUAACUCGUUCAUUCACCGAGUUUACCAUGAGGAGUUGGACACGCUGACUAUGGCCAGGGGAGAAGGCGGCGACACUUACAGCACGGCAGCGGGCUUCCUCCAGCCCCGGGCAAUAACGCCCGAAGACCGGACGCUGAAACAGAGAGAAAUGAAAAAGGACCUGUCGGUGUGCAGUAAGUUGUGUUAUGCUAUUGGUGGAGCACCCUACCAGAUAACGGGAUGUGCAAUUGGAUUUUUCCUACAAAUUUACCUGUUGGAUGUCGCACAGCUUGACCCGUCAUCCGCGUCCCUCAUCCUUUUCAUUGGCCGAGCCUGGGAUGCAAUCACUGACCCAGCUGUCGGGUUUUUCAUAAGCAGAAGCAAAUGGACCAAGUUUGGAAGGCUGCUGCCAUGGAUUGUUUGCUCUACACCAUUUGCAGUAGUCUCUUACUUCCUGCUAUGGUAUGUGCCAGAUGGAAACGUAACAGAGGUUGGAAAAAUCUUUUGGUACUUGAUCUUCUAUUGCAUGUUCCAAAGUCUGCAGACGUGCUUCCACGUUCCUUACUCUGCACUUACGAUGUUCAUAAGCACAGACCAGAAGGAAAGGGAUUCUGCAACUGCCUAUCGUAUGACAGUGGAGGUGCUGGGCACGGUCUUGGGAACAGCAAUACAAGGCCAGAUUGUUGGCGGAGCAGAUGCUCCAUGUAUUCAUAAAAAUGAUAUUAACAGCUCAAUAUCUAGAAUUGACAUCAACAGCACUCAGUACAACUCCAACACUUCUGUCACCCAACUGAAAAGAGCCUACAUGAUGGCAGCUGGAGUCAUUAGUGGUGCAUACGUUCUGUGUGCCAUUAUCUUGUUUGCUGGAGUCCAGGAAAAAGAUGAUCUGCAUAACAAAAAGGCACAGAAACCAUUCUCCUUUUGGAAAGGACUGAAACUUGUCAUGAGCUAUGGGCCUUAUGUGAAAUUGAUCAUCGGUUUCCUGUUUACCUCAUUAGCUUUUAUGUUGCUGGAAGGAAAUUAUGCGCUGUACUGUUCCUACACACUGGGAUUCCCAAAUGACUUCCAAAAUAUUCUGCUGGUUAUCAUGCUCUCUGCGACCUUGACCAUCCCUUUUUGGCAAUGGUUUUUGACCAGAUUUGGCAAGAAGACUGCUGUGUAUGUCGGCAUGUCAUCAGCAGUGCCGUUUCUUAUUUUGAACGUUCUGGUGAAGGGGAACCUAAUUGUGGCCUACAUUGUGUCGUUUGCCUCUGGAAUGAGUGUGGCCGCUGCUUUCCUGUUGCCAUGGUCCAUGUUACCUGAUGUUGUUGAUGACUUCAAACUGAAGAAUCCAGAGUCCGUAGGACAUGAAGCGAUAUUUUAUUCUUUCUAUGUCUUCUUCACCAAGUUUGCAUCCGGGGUGUCCCUUGGAAUCUCCACGCUGAGCCUCGAUUUUGCAGGUUACCUGACCCGGGGAUGCGUUCAACCUGAUGCAGUACACCUUACCCUGAAGAUGUUGGUUGCACCAGCACCUAUUUCCCUAAUUAUAUUUGGACUGAUUCUUUUUAAAUUGUACCCAAUCGAUGAGGAAGUCAGGAUGAAGAACAGGAAAGCACUUGAAGAUCUGCGAGAUAAUGACCAACACUCUCGAGCAAAUGGAAAUGAAGUUUGCAGUGUUGUAUAACAAAAAUUUCCAGGUUUAAAAAUCCCAUAUUUGUGUACAGUGUACAUAGUUUUAAAAUGUGAAAGCAGUACAUUGCCUGAAUAAGACUGACGUCCAGAUAUACAGUAAAUGGAUUCAAGCAAACUUUUUCCACUGUUUAAUAUGUUUACAUCUAUCCAUUCUGAGUUUGUACAGGGUGUAUUGCUCUCGCUUACAAGUAAGCUGUACAGAUAGCUUGGUCUAAUGUAAAUUUAUAUAAAUCUGUACUGUAUAUAUUUGAAUUAAACUAUUAGUUGUCAAUAAAAUGCUAC